CACUCGCACAAGUGGAGCGGGGCGUCCGUGCGGGCGGAGCGGGCUGUGGGCUUGAGGGCCGGAGCGGCUGGGACGCGUCCGAGCCCGGCGGUGGCCGCGGGUGACAGCGGGCGACAGCGGGCGUGUGCGGGCCGCGGGGGCGGGCCAUGGAGCUCUUGCGGACUAUCACUUACCAGCCGGCCGCGGGCACCAAGAUGUGCGAGCAGGCGCUGGGCAAGGCUUGCGGCGGCGACUCCAAGAAGAAGCGGCCGCAGCAGCCCGCCGAGGAGCCGCAGGCGCAGGCGCAGGGGCCCCCCGCGGGCGCGCACCACCACCACCACUCGCACUCGGGACCGGAGAUCUCGCGGAUUAUCGUCGAUCCCACGACGGGGAAGCGCUACUGCCGCGGCAAAGUGCUGGGAAAGGGUGGUUUUGCAAAAUGUUAUGAAAUGACAGAUUUGACAAACAACAAAGUCUACGCUGCAAAAAUUAUUCCUCACAGCCGAGUAGCAAAACCUCAUCAAAGGGAAAAGAUCGACAAAGAAAUAGAGCUUCACAGAAUCCUUCAUCAUAAACAUGUAGUGCAGUUUUACCACUACUUUGAGGACAAAGAAAACAUUUACAUUCUCUUGGAAUACUGCAGCAGAAGGUCAAUGGCUCAUAUAUUAAAAGCAAGAAAGGUGUUGACAGAGCCGGAAGUCCGAUACUACCUCAGGCAAAUCGUGUCUGGCCUGAAAUACCUUCAUGAACAAGAAAUCUUGCACAGAGAUCUCAAGCUAGGGAACUUUUUUAUUAAUGAAGCCAUGGAAUUAAAAGUUGGAGACUUUGGUUUGGCCGCCAGGCUGGAGCCUUUGGAGCACAGAAGGAGAACAAUAUGUGGUACCCCAAAUUAUCUCUCUCCCGAAGUCCUCAACAAACAAGGACACGGCUGUGAAUCUGACAUCUGGGCCUUAGGCUGUGUAAUGUACACGAUGCUGCUAGGAAGGCCUCCCUUUGAAACGACAAAUCUGAAAGAGACUUACAGGUGUAUAAGAGAAGCGAGGUACACGAUGCCAUCGUCCUUGCUGGCUCCUGCGAAGCACUUAAUCGCUAGCAUGUUGUCCAAAAACCCAGAGGACAGGCCCACUUUGGAUGACAUCAUGCGACAUGACUUUUUUCUGCAGGGCUUCACUCCAGACAGACUUUCUUCGAGCUGUUGUCACACUGUUCCAGAUUUCCAUUUAUCAAGCCCUGCUAAGAAUUUUUUUAAGAAAGCUGCGGCAGCUCUUUUUGGUGGCAAGAAAGACAAAGCAAGAUAUAUUGAUACACACAAUAGAGUGUCUAAAGAAGAUGAAGACAUUUACAAGCUUAGGCAUGAUUUGAAAAAGACUUCAAUAACUCAGCAACCAAGCAAACAUAGGACAGAUGAGGAACUCCAGCCACCUACCAUGACAGUGGCCAGAUCGGGGGCACCUGCGGUGGAAAACAAGCAGCAGAUUGGUGAUGCCAUUCGGAUGAUAGUCAGAGGGACACUCGGCAGCUGUAGCAGUAGCAGUGAGUGCCUUGAAGAUAGUACUAUGGGAAGUGUUGCAGACACCGUGGCAAGAGUCCUUCGAGGGUGUCUAGGAAAUAUGCCAGAAGCCGACUCCAUUCCCAAGGAGCAGCUGAGCACGUCGUUUCAGUGGGUCACCAAGUGGGUCGACUACUCUAACAAGUAUGGCUUCGGCUACCAGCUCUCAGACCACACGGUUGGAGUCCUUUUCAACAACGGAGCUCACAUGAGCCUCCUUCCGGACAAAAAAACCGUUCACUAUUACGCCGAACUUGGGCAGUGCUCCGUGUUCCCGGCAACAGACGCCCCCGAACAAUUCAUCAGUCAAGUGACGGUGCUGAAGUACUUCUCCCACUACAUGGAGGAGAACCUCAUGGAUGGCGGUGAUCUCCCUAGUGUUACUGAUAUUCGAAGACCUCGGCUCUACCUCCUUCAGUGGCUAAAGUCUGAUAAGGCCUUAAUGAUGCUCUUCAAUGAUGGCACCUUUCAGGUGAAUUUCUACCAUGAUCACACAAAGAUCAUCAUCUGCAGCCAAAAUGAAGAAUACCUUCUCACGUACAUCAAUGAAGACAGGAUAUCGACGACUCUUAGACUGACAACUCUGCUGAUGUCUGGUUGUUCAUCGGAACUAAAGAACCGAAUGGAAUAUGCCCUGAACAUGCUUUUACAGAGAUGUAACUGAAAGCUUUCUCCAAUGGACCCUAUGGGACUCCUCUUUUCCACUGUGAGAUCAACAGGGAAACCAGCUGAAUGACCUAGAGCAUGUUGAAGAAGAAAGACAGCUGGUGGUACGAAAACAAUCCCUCUAUGGCCUGCUGGACUGGUUGGAACCAGACCAGGCCGAGGUGUACAGGUCUUGACUUGGGACAGUCCACGAGUGAACAGAAAGUAGUUGCCCUCGAGAUACCUGACGCGAAAGAGUUUUUCAGAAAAUUCUGCAGAAAGGUUCAUUGACUCUUAACUUCUCGCUGUUGAGAGCGUUUCAGCCAGAGGACUUGGAACUGUGAAUAUACUUCCUGAAGGGGAGGGGAGAGGGGAGGAAACUCCCAUCUUGUUUAAGGCUGCAAUUGGUGCAGCUUUUGGCUGCUUAACUGUGAACUAUGGCCAUAUACAAUUUUUUUUUUUUUUUUUUGUUAUUUUUGAAUACACUUGUGGCUGGAGAAGUGCAUUCCUUGUUAAUAAACUUUUUAUUUAUUACAGCCCAAAGAGCAGUAUUUAUUAUCAAAAUGUUCAUUUUUUUAUGUUGGUCAUUUUAAAUUGUUGGCAAUAAAGAAUAUGAAAAAGCACAAA